GGGGUGCAGCCGGCUGGGGUGUCCGAGGCCGGUCAUGGCGGGAGCGUCGUCCCCCUCAGGUCCGGGUGGCCCGGAGCCGCCCCCGCCGCCGCUGCAGUACAGCCUGCUGCUGCAGCAUCUGGUGGGCGAGCAGCGGAGACCCCGCGCCUGGGACCCCGCGGCCCUCGGCGGCAUCCCCAGCCCGCCCAAGAGCGAGGAGCAGAAGAUGGUGGAGCGGGCCAUGGAGAGCUGCGCCUUCAAGGCGGUGCUGGCCUGCGUGGGAGGGUUCGUUCUGGGAGGUGCCUUUGGUGUCUUCACAGCUGGCAUCGACACCAAUGUUGGGUUUGAUCCCAAGGACCCGUAUCGAACACCAACUGCAAAAGAGGUCCUCAAAGACAUGGGGCAGAGAGGCAUCUCCUACGCCAAGAACUUCGCCAUCGUGGGCGCCAUGUUCUCCUGCACUGAGUGUGUGGUAGAAUCUUAUCGUGGGAAGUCAGACUGGAAGAACAGUGUUAUUAGUGGCUGCAUCACAGGAGGAGCAAUUGGCUUCAGAGCUGGUCUGAAGGCCGGGCUGAUCGGCUGCGGCGGCUUCGCCGCUUUCUCCGCCGCCAUUGAUUACUACCUGCGGUAGCAGCGGGAUCCCUUGGGAGCAACCUCCCAUUUGUUCCAGUGCUGCUGCUAAGAGCCUGCAUCACGGCAGAAGAACCAUCAGGCUUACCUUUCCACUGCCUCUGGACUCCUCAUCAGUGCCAGCUGGAUGUUGUUGGCUGCUCUUCCUGAAUGACUAACAAGCAUCUGGCUCGGAGCCCUGGCGCGAUGCUCCGGGCAGACGCGGGAGGACGAAGCCAGGCACAGUGAGCAGUAUCUCCAGGAGGGAUCAGCUGACUGUCAGUUUCCAGGAAACAAGCCUGGACUCUUGAUUUUUUUUCGAUCCUUUGGGUCUGAUUUUGAUUAAGACUGUUGCUGGCAUCAAAAGAGGCAGGAGGAAAGCUUCAAAAAGAAAUGCAGUGAUUUAGUUUACCGUGGAGCUUGAACGUGCUGCAAGUGUUUAACGGUUGACAGUUUGCAGCUUGCUACUCUGUUGGGGAGAGGUAAGAUCCUGUGGAGAAAUAAGUUUGUUCCAGGCUUUUCUUAAAAUACCAGCUGAAGACAAACCAC